GCGAUUAUCCAGCGCCUCAACGGGAUGAUGCAGGGCCGUUCCGACCAAGUUCCAGCUCGUCGCCACCAUGAUAUUCUUCGCGCCAGUGUCAUUGUUCACCGAGCGGUGCGGGAUGCCGUCGAAGCGGGUACCAAGCCCAAGCCGCAGCGCGCAUUCAUCACGGCCCUGACCACCCACUGGGUGAAGGACGAUCUCGAGAUCACCAUCGCCAAGCGGCUCACGGCCUGGCAUGGGGCUGCGAUCGUUCCGCACGACCUGAAGCUGCGCUGGGCCACCCUCAAAAGCUUGCUGGUGACGGUAGCUCCUUCGCGGCGGUGGAUCACUAUGAGGACUCUCGCGGGUGGCUGGCACACGAGCUCUCGCAUGCGCGUGACACCCGAUGUGGAUCUGUGCCGUUUGGGAUGCUUCCAGCAGCCAGACGCGAUCGCCCACUACAUGAUCUGCGAUCGUCUCCAAAAUCUGGCAUGUCUGCCUCGUACUUUUUCGCAGGCCACCGUGCUGGAGCGUCUGGGACCGGGAUUUCACUAUGCCGAGCACGGGGAACAUUCGCUGUCGAUGACUAUCCAGCGCCUCGUCCUCUCGCAUUACACGCGCCUCGAGGUCAAGACCCAGGGCGUGAAUGACUACUCCUACAAGCACCACUUGGACGCGCGUUUGGCCGCCCUCGACCGCCUCAACUUCGCGAAGUAG